GUUUUUCGAUUCAUUCGCAUUUGGACCGCUGUCGCGGCAACAACGCUACUUGCGAAACGAAACGAAACGCAGCGAGUGUAAUGCGCUAAACUCUCAAGUCAAUUUUGCGUUGAAACGAGACGCGGCGUUGUGACGUCAAAAGCAGCAGCAGGAGCAUCAGCAGCAGCAGCAGCAGCAGCAGCAGUAGUAGCUUUACCACAUCUUCUACGCUGCCCGUUGCCACCCCACAGCACACACACACACAAAUACGCAGCAUAACAAUAUAAAGGAGCACAUACCAAAAAAAAAACAAAAAAAAAGCAAGCAGAAGAAGAAGCAGUACUACGAAGACGACGCGACUAGCCGAAAUACGAUUGAGUGAAACAGGGAGAGAAAGAGCAAGUGAGCGAGCGAGUGCUAGCUUUGUGUGAGCAACAGCAACAACAACAACAGCAGCAGCAAGAGGAGCAAAAGGAGCCAUAAAAAUGGAACAGCCGAGCAUACUCGUUAAAAUCCUGCAUUCAAUACCGCAUGUGAAUUACACAUUUCGUCGGGUUAAUGACACCUUCAAUCCGGAUAGCGAUGUUUACCUAGAGAGUCUGGGUAUUCUGGCUUCCAUACCUGCCGGCCUGUUGAUACUCUCGCUGCUCGGCUUGCUGCUGUAUCUACUGACGCGUUGCUGCGAUCGCAAGCAGCGCAAGCCGAGCGCUCAGCGAUGCCAGAGCUGUUCGCUGGUCAUUAUAACGCUGAUGACCUGCGCGGCCAUUGGACUAGGUUUAUAUGGCAACGACGAUUUCCACAACGGUCUGCUGCAGGCCUUCAGCUCCGGCAGGAAGGUGGAGAGUCUUGUGCUCAAUCUUAAACAAGAGACUGAAACCAUAAAGCGUGAUCUCGAGACGAAAAUGGCAUCGCACAAGGUGCAGGACAUGGUGGAGAAGCCGCAAUACAAUCAGACCGCAGUCAUGCUGCUCAUUGAGACGUCGCGUCUGGUGCGGGAGAAUACCUCACGCGCCGUCACCUCGCUGGACAACAUGGUGCUCUACUUCAUGAAGACUAAGGGCAGCGAGAACGAGACCUCGUUGAUGGGCAUCCUCCAUCUGGGCGAUCUUUAUGAAUCCAUACGCUGGCCAGCCACAUUGGCAUUCCUCACUCUGCUGCUGUUCCUGUGCACUGUCCUGGUCAUUGGGGUCGCCCGUCGCUCGCGCUGCACGCUGAUCUUCUUCAGUGUCUCGGGGCUAUUCUGCAUCAUCAUCUGCUGGCUGCUGGCCGGCAUCUACUUGGCCUCCAGCGUGGCAGCCGGCGACUUUUGCAUGCGUCCACAUGAGUACAUGUGCCGCCAGGUGGGCAUGCGCAGUCCCUAUGUCUACUUCCUCAACUGCGGCACAUUGCGCAAUCGCUUCAUACUGCGCCUCAACGAGUCCCGCGAUUUGGUGGAACGUGCACGCGAGAGCGUUGAAAUGAUGCAACGCAUGAGCCAGGACACGUAUCCACGCAUUGACAUUCAGCGCACGCUAAACGCCAUGGACAACGACCUGGAGGAGACGAAACGUAAUCUGACCAAUCUGUCCGCCACACUGGACAGACGGGCCAUCGAUCGACACUAUGCGGAGGCAUUGCACGGCCUUUGCGGCGGCGGCUUGCUCGGCCUGAGCCUGAUGAUGGUGGCUGGCCUGCUGACCUCCUUUCUGCUAACUAUACUGGUCUAUGCGGACUCGCAUGCCUGGAUCUAUCUGAGCAAGAGGCCCACGAUGGAUGGCGACAAGUCGGAGACGGCGCCGCUGUUCUCUGCCUCGAAUGCGCCGAGUGCCAGCAUUUCGCCAACGGCGCCGAUGAGCACCGGCACCAUAAAUCGCACGCUGCUGCACCACCAGCAGGCGCAUGGUGGGCCCAUGGGCGGCAGCGUGGCCGGCGGCCCAGGAGCUGGCGGACACACUGGAACGUUGCCGAGCGGCGGCAGCUUGGCUGGCGGCAAUGGCGUCGGCCCGUAUAGGAAUGGCACGGCGGGACUGCGACAAGGGUUGGCAUCACCAUCAACACAAUCAAGCAACAACAAUACAUCAUCUGCAACAACUUAUAACCACCAACAACACCACCACCACAACAACAACCACCACUACAACCACAACAACACACAGCAUAGAACUAACUCAACGGCAGCGGCGGUGGCGGCGGCCACAUCCCUUUCGAGCCGCUCCAACGGGGGGCGCCGCUCGCCGUCGCCGCCGCCCGGCUAUGAUUUGGUGCAUGGCACAAGAUCGGGCCAUCACACGCUGGGCCGGCUGCCGUCGCACCACCAACAGUCGGCGUCGUACUUGCCCGGCCCCAACAACGGCAAAUACGCGACGCUCAGCAAGCAGUGUAAGACGCUCGAAUCGAACGACUUCUACUGAGAUUCGCUUGCCUGCAGCACGUAUGCAGGCAAUAGCAACAACACGCAGCACAGCAGCAACAUUAACCAGCAGCAGCAGCAACAACAGCAGCAGCAGCAGCAGCAGCAGCUGCAACAGCAACAACAGCACCAUCACAGCAGCAGCAACACAUUGAAGAACAUAUUCGCGUCGGCCACGCUGCCCCGCUCGACGGGCAGCUCCAUACGCUCCGUGCUGUCGGCUCAGACGGCGAAUGCCAUUUGCAAGUCAACUGGCAAUGGCCUGGACGUUGACGUUCUGGUCGACGAUCGAGAUCCACGCGACGUCACCAACAACAGCUUCAAUCGCUUCGAUCCCAAGUACAUCAGCAUCGGGCCCAAGUCGGUGCGCGGCAACAACAAUCUCAACAUUGUGGCCGCCGCCACGGCCAGCAAGUGCGCCACGCUGCGCCAUGUGGGCCGCUAUGGCGGCUCGCUCAAAGGUGCCUCCCCAUCGCCCAAUCUGCGCAGCGCCAAGACGCCAUCGAUAGCCACAGUGUCCAAGGACUACUGCCAGCAGGCGGACUGCAUGCCGCAGGUCUAUGCGGGUGGCUCCACGGACAUGUUGGUGCCCAGCACAGCUCAGCAGCAGCAGCUGCAACAGUCGCAGCAACAGCCACUACAACAGCAGCAGCAACAGCAGCAGCAGCUGCAGCUGCAGCAGCAACCGCCGCCACCUUCCCAACAACAGCAGCAGCUGCAAAUGCAGAUGGUGGUGCAGCAGGUGGUGCCACCACCGCCGCCGCCGCAGCAGCAAUUGCAGCCACAGCCCGCGCCACCGCCGCCACCCAAGCCAAAGAUAGUCAACACCUUUACGGAAAUACCCGGCACCACGGGCGUGGGCAGCUCCUAUGCCAAGGAGCAGCAGCAGCUGCUGGCGCUGCAGCAGCAGCAACAGCAGCAGCUGCUCGCGCUGCAGCAACUGCAACAGCAGCAACAACAGCAGCAGCAACAGCAACAGCAGCAACAGCAGCAGCUACAUCACCAUCCACCGACCACUCACAUUUUGCCGCCCUCGGCCGUCUACAGCAUUGAGAGCAGCGGCGUCUAUCCGGCAGCAGCGGCAGCUGUGUCGCAGCAGACAGCGCCUACAGCGGCGCCACGCGUGCAGCGCUCCUUGAAUCCGGCUUCCAUAGUCAACCAGCCGCUGCCGGACAUACCGGUGCAGUCGCCCACCGGCAACGCCGGCGUGCCCGCCUCGCAGUCAAAGAUCUCAUCACAGCCGCUGUGCGCCGCCACCCUGGGGCAGUAUCGGUCGCUGCAGCGACCCCAAGCAACGGCGCAACAGAAGCUGCAGCUCGCCUCGCAGCAGCAGCAACAGCAGCCGCCCUCGUUGCCACCCAAGAAUCGGCACAAGAAUUCGCGGGAUGCGAGCAAUGCGAAUCACAUGCAAACGCUGCCGCCCAAAUCGGCGAGCUUGCGACAGCAAGAAAGGGACAGGGAGAGAGAGAGAGAGAGGGACAGAGAGAGGGAGCGAGAGCGAGAGCGACCACGUCGCGCUGAGACGCUGGACAAUGCGCGCAGCUACGCCGAGCAGCAACUGCAGCAGCAGCAGCAAUAUGGAGGCCAGCUAAUGCUCAGCAGCAUGAAGAAGCAGCACUCCUACGACAGCAGUACCUACCAUCAACAGCAGCAGCAGCAGCAGCAGGCGGCCUACUACCAGCAGCAGCGACAGCACAACAACAACUAUCAUGGCACUGUGUCGAGCAGCGCCAGCAGCAAGCAGCAGCAGCACCAACAGCAACAGUUGCUGGCAGAGCAGCAGCAGCAGGCGUUGUUCUAUCGCUCGCUUAAGCGUAGCGCAGGCGGCGGUGCUGCUGCUGCUGCUGUGACAGCUGUGGGCCAUGCCGCCAAUAGCGAUUUGUAUUCUGUGACGGAAUUGUAGGAGUGCGCCUGCUGCGGCGGCGGUGUUGAUGUUGUGCGGCGUGCCACGAGCUGUUCGACGGGCACGGCCACAGCAGCAACAUCGCUGCACGCAGCGGCGGCAGCAGCCUCAGCCAGCACACAGACACAAGCUCAAGCUCAAGCUCAAGCGCAGCCGCCCAUACCGCUGCCACCCAAAAAGCAUCGAGCACAGCAGCAACAGCAACAACAACAACAACAGCAGCAGCAGCAGCAGCAGCAAUGUAAUGCGAAUCUAUGCGAUGAGCAUGAAUAUGACGAGUACUGCCCGCAGCAAUACGAGUCACAGCAACAGCAGCAGCCGAGCUCGCGGCAUGGCAAACAGCAGCGCGCAGCCACGUUCGAUGCGGCAGAUGCGCGCGACUACGAGCUGAAGCGUCUGGGCAAUCGACGCUCCCAGCAGCAGGCGGCCAGCAGCAAGCGCAACGGCGCGUCGGCAAUCAGUGAGCAGCAGCAACAGCAGCAGCAGCAGCAGCAGCAGCAACAGUCGCAUCAUCAUCAUCGCACACACGAUCGAGAGCGUUCGCGCAGCGAUCAUCGCAUUGCGAGCUAUGCCUGCGAGGAUGCCACAGCAGCAGCUGCGGCGCUAUGCAGCGCUGGCUCCAUGAGUCUAUUGGCGGCCAAUGGCAGCGCACAACAGCAGCAGCAACAGUCGCAUCGCAGCCACCAACAGCAGCAGCAGCAGCAGCAGCAACAGCAGCAGCAGCGACGGGAGAAAACGUUUAAAGUAUGAUUUUUAGAGACGUCAUAAAAAUUGCCCAGCCCGCGACAAGCUGACUUCGACGGCGAUGUUGCUGUUGCUGCUGUUGUUGUUGCAGCAACGCGCAGGCGACGCACGCGCUAAGCGCCAAGCAGCAACCGCCGAGUCAACACUAAUGAAGCCAGCCAACGUUGCGGAUUUUUCUAAUAAAUAAAUAAAUAUAUACAAGCCGAUUGCACGCACUCAACCAGAAGGUAGCAAUUAGGUGCCGUACAUGCCCCGCCCACCCUCAACAGCCCCAGCCCAGCGCCAGGAGAAAGCCUUCUUUAUGUUCUUGAAGCCAGUUGGCAAAACCAUGCGACAAAUUUGUUCAAUUAAUGUGAGAAGUGGAAGGCAAGUUGCACUUGCCACAUGACAAGCCGUGCCUCAUGCAAAUGCACACACACACACACACACAUACACACACACACACACACACGCACACACUCACUUGUACAAGCCGCCUCCUUGGUUACUCAAUCAUAUGUUACAGUUGCAAGUCAGCAGUUGCAAGUUUGUUGCGCUGCCACGCCCCCUUUUUGCUUCGUGUUGUUGCCUAUUGUUAUAUAUAUAUAAUUAUAUUUUUAUUUUCAUGUUUUUUUUUUCAUAAAUAUAUGACUAUGAUUAAGGCUAACUGUAACUAAGCUAAACAUUAUUUAUUUACGCAGAAGAGAAACGCAUCCCCAGCCUCCCAGCCAGGCCCGAGUCGAGAACCUAAAAUUGCAUAUUUUUUAGCAUUGUUUUUUUGUGUUGGAAUAACUUUCAUUUGUUUAUUGUUUAAAAAAUCCGUUGCGCAAGAGCAAACAACAGCAGCGAAGAGUUCGUAAUUUUUGUGACGUCAGAAAACUAAAGAGAAGUGAAAAGAAAAGAAAGAACAAAACAACAACAAAUACUGUAAUUACUAAAA